AUGGCAGAGUGGCGCCAGCGCUACCCGCAGGACGUCGCCGACGAGAAUGCCUUCUGGGCGGAGAGGACGGCAAAGCUCGGCAGAGCGCUGGAUGCGCUGCCAAAGAUCGACAUACUCGACGGCGGCGACGGGGCACAAAGCUCCGUUGAUGUCCCCAAUCCAGCGCUCCACGAGGACAUGCGAGCUGGGUUCAACGGGGCUGCCGCGAUCGUUAUGACAAGUGGCGCCGUCGCGUGUUACUACAGAUUGACGCAACUCUGCCAGCUAGCAGCAACGAGCGAAGUGAUGCAGGGAGAUCCAGGCUACGGGUACGGUGGCUACGGCGCCGGCUACGGGUACGGCUAUGGCGGUGGCUACGGCGCCGGCUAUGACAUGGCCGGGUACGGCAACGGAGCCGGAGGAGCGUACUACACCAACGACCGGUACCCCGCGGCGGCGCCGCCUGCCUAUGAGGACCCGCUCGCCGGUCGGAGGCAGCACGACUUCCCGGCUCCGCUCACCGGGCUCGAGUUCCAGCCGUCGGAUACCUGCCCCAAGAACUACGUCAUCUUUGAUCAGACCUAUGACCGGAGCAGGGUGAUGUACCACCCGUCGCUGGCCAACAACUUCGGCUCCUCCGGGGGCUACGACCAGCAGCACUGCAACAACGGCGGCUACGAUCAGAACUACGUCGGCAAGAGCACCUACUACGGCGGCGACCAGGACGGCGGCGAGUGCUCAAUCCGGCAGAAGGAGGACACCGACGAGAUCGACGCGCUGAUGAGCUCCGGGGACGGCGACGAGGAGGACGACGUGCUGAGCACGGGUCGCACGCCCGCGUGCCGCGGAGGGGGCUCGCCGGACUCCACCUGCUCCUCCGGGUACGUGGUGAGCGUCAGCCCGACUGGCAACGCCACCGGCGCCGGCGGAGGCGGCGAGAGGAAGAAGGAACGGAUGAAGAAGAUGAUGAAGACGCUCAAGGGGAUCAUCCCCGGCGGCGACCGGAUGGACACGCCCGCCGUCCUGGACGAGGCCGUCAGGUACCUCAAGUCGCUCAAGGUGGAGGUGAAGAAGCUCGGGGUGCGCGGAUCAAGAAGCUAG